CUCGAAGGGCCUCCGGGGAAGGCCUGCCUGUCCUCCCAGGCUGCCGCCCAAGGAGAAGAAGCGGGUUAGUUGCCCGCCUCCUUUCCCAGCUUGGCGGGAUAGGCCGGCGAAGGCCUGGAGUAGGCCUCAAGGCCUGGCGGUCGCCAUGGCAACCGCCCGGCUCAGGCGCCUGCGCCGACUAGGCCGCGCCACGUCAAGUCGCGCAGUUUCCCGGCGUCGCUUUUCCUUGGAGACCCGGCGCAAUGGCCGCUAGCGAUCCGGACUUCGUGCUCCGCUAUUUGGCCGAAGUGGAGGCGCUGGCCGAGGAGGUGAUGGCCACCAGGCAGCAGAUUUUCGAUCUGAAUCAGAAACGGAACCAAAACCGGGAAGCCUUAAGAGCCCUGAAUAAGGACAUGGAUUCUGCUGACAAAGCCACGGUUUGCUUUGGGGCCAUGUUCAUCCAGCUUCCGAAAACGAAGACCCGGGAGAUGCUACAGAGAGAUCAAGAGCUGUUGGAGGAAGAAAUUGCGAAAUUGCAGGAGGAACUCAAAGGGAAAGUCAGCCACCUCAUGGAGGCCCAAGGUAAACCAGAACUGAAAGGCUACAACUUGAAACCCUUGACCGCCGAAGAAAUGUGGUUCAUGAAGAAAGUGGUGGACAACUGAAGCCGUCCCCCCUCCCCCCCCGGGGUGGAUUUGGGUGUGGGCAACACGCACCGGAGAGCUGCUUCCCGCACUCCCGGCGGAGAAAACCGGGUGUUUGCCGAGCGGUUGAGUCUUUCACGGGCGUCUUAUAGCGAGUGAGCUGCCUCCGGAUUUGGCCCAGACGUCAUUGACACUCUACGGACAGGUGACAGACAUUUGAGGAGGGAAUUCGUCGAGCUCAGAAUUUUGCCCUUUCGAGGUUUGGAUAUCAAAUUCAAAUGAUUGACAGUGAGGGUGGAGGACUUGGCGUUGAUCUAGUUUCCGUGCACCGUGCCCGGGUGACGAUCAGUGGAAUGAGGCUCCCACGCCUGUUGGGAGAAGGGUGGAAAAUAAUCUCUGCUUCACUUUGA